ACUCAGACAUACAUCUCUGGCAAGAUCACAUGAGGGGCAGCUGGUUAUUAAUUCUGGUCGUGGAGAGAUUUCCUCCAGCUUUUUUGACAGCAUCUCCGUCACUUCUCCUGACCGCUGCAUAACAAACCGCUCAUCUUACCUCCUGCCAUGCAGACCCCGAGGGCUUCAGGAGGACCUCAUGCGGACAUCGCUCCUCUGAAAACGGCCACCUUCUCCAGGAUCGACACCUUUAGCGCCUCCCACAGAAUGGCCUGCAAAUCUUUCAGUGACACAGAGAAUAAGAAGCUGUUUGGGUCAUGCAGCCAGAAGCACGGGCACAAUUAUAAAGUUGUGGUGACAGUCAUUGGAGAAAUUGAUCCCCUGUCUGGAAUGGUAAUCGACCUCACGGAUUUGAAAGCUUACCUGCAGGAGGCAGUCACAAAGCCUCUGGACAAAAAAGACUUGGAUCAAGAUGUCCCCUAUUUUGCAAACAUUGUCAGUACAACUGAAAACCUCGCAGUGUUCAUCUGGGAAAACCUCCAGAAGCAUUUGCCCAUGAACAGUCUCCAUAAAAUAAAACUCUAUGAAUCGGACGAGGUCAGCGUCACUUACAGAGGACGUGCACCAGCUCCAUUGGCUUUGCCGGCAGGCGACCGACAUGAGCUUUCCAAGCAACCUGUCACUGUCUACCUCAAUGGCAAGCUCUCACUUUGAGCAUCUUUUUGGAAUGUCUGUGGACCAGCGGGGAGGGAAUCACCACUGAAUUGGGGACAGAAAAGGGGGCCCAGUGAUGUGAUCCUGCUUGAACAGGUGGGAAUUGAUAUUACGGGCUGCUCUAGCUGUUCCAACUGUAAAUAAGUCUACUUGAUCAAGAGCAAGAAUGGCUUCUUGGAAACCUGAACUAUUCUGCCUGAAAUACAAUGUUUUUGUUUGUUUUGGCUUUUUUUGUGUGUGAUGCGCAAGUGGCCUGAGAGAUGGAAGAGACACACCAUGAACCAUUCACAUUUCUGGACUUAGCAUUUCGGUUUCUCAGAAGUUGGGAAAUUACAGAAAUGAUGGUUGACCAUAACUAGUGAGUGAAUGAGGUAGGAUGCUUCCCAGCCCAAAUAUGUACUUGGUAUGGACUCAAACCCUGCUCAACCUACAUAAUAAACCAGACUCUCAAGCCAAA